CAGUGAUUUACUCGACGCCCCAAUAGCACGACGACCAUUUGCUUCCAUUUCCAAUCAUGCAGUCCGACAUGAAUAUCCUAGACCGGCAGCCCGGCAAUAUCAGGCUCGUCCGCAUCAGCCCACAGCGGUUCCUGUACAUGCGGUCUUCACCGCAUACACACCCGAUCCUUACCGUCUUUGCUCGCCAGGAUAAUCAAUGGUGUACGCCACGCCCAUUUUUCAUCCUCCUGGAAGCCAAUUUGAUUUUGACCGCCGCCACGACAAACCAGCUUGUUUCGCGCGGUGAAUUUAUUGGUCA